GCUGAGUCUCACGGACUCUGGUAAAGAUGGCGUCGGCGGAGCAUCGGGGAGUUGUAACCAGACGCUUUGCCGUUUCCAAACACCGCUGGUCCCGACAACGCAAGGACUGAAACGGCAGCGGGAGCGACGGUUCAUCGACCCGUUCGUCGGCCGCGUGGAGCCGUGUGGUGUCGCCGCGGGCCUGCUCGCUCUUGUUUUCGGUUUCCCCUCUGCAGUCGCCUCGGUCAAGCUCGUUAGCUUCAAGUUGAAGAGCCAGCGCUAGCUCGGGGCUAGCUGUGUAGCUCCUACGGCUGCUGGGCUCUUUCUCUGGGGGGGCAUCCAUGGACCGAGAGCCCGGCCGGGGGUAAACACCGGGGCCGCCUGUAGCUCUUCAAAGUUUUUUUUUAUUUUUAACUGAAACAGCCGCCCAUGCGUCACUCGGAUUGAACAGACCCCAGGUGGACCAGGGGGGGAUACGGGGCUCCGACUCUGCUGCGACACUGUAUCUCGGUGUCGAGGCACAGAUUCAUUUUUUUUUUUUGCCGUCAUGUAUUUUCUCACCGGCUGGCCCCGGAGGCUGCUCUGCCCGCUGCGGAGCGAAGAGGAGCCCUUCCACAUCCAGCCCAGCGCCCAGCGGUUCUACUUCGCCGUGUUGUCCGAGACGCAGCUCAGCGUCUGGUUCAGUCGGCCCAGUGUUUUGAUAGUCAGCUAUAUCGAGUCUUCAAAGGCAGCGGCCCAAUUUGGCUUCUACCAGAAGGCAGAAUGGAAACCAGACGACUCCAUGAUAGCUGUGGCGACUGCCAAAGGGUACAUCCUCCUGUUCGACGUGCUGGGUGGAGGGGAUGACAAGUACCUCUAUGAGCCUGUCUAUCCAAAGGGAAGUCCUCGUGUGAAAGUGACCCCAGGUUAUAAGGAAGAGCAAUGUGCCCCUGCCCUGUCUUUAGAGAUGAAGAAGCCUGUGGAUCUGGAGGCCCCCAUCACCAGUCUGCAGUCCCUCCAGGAGGACUUGCUGGUGUGCACGGCAGACGGCUACCUCCAUGUGCUGCACUGGGACGGGCUGGGCAGUAACGGACGCAAGGCCAUCUGCCUCACUACGAUCCCUUUCUCGCUAGACCUGCAGUCUGCUCGAGGUGGUCCCUCUCUGGACCUGGAGGGAGUGUAUAUCCGUUGCAUGGAGUAUUGUGUGACCCUGGACGGGUACGCCGUGGUUCUGAGCGAUGGGCGCCUGGGUUUCAUCACACCGCUUAACAACACCAUCACCGCAGACCUGAUGGAAUCUGUUACCUCGCCAUGCUCCAAGCAGCUGCAGGGCGUCUGGGCGGCAGAUGUCACUGAUGGCACCUGUGUGGCUGUCAACAACAAGUACAGACUGAUGGCCUUUGGCUGCGCCAGUGGCUCCGUGCUGGUGUACAUGAUCGACACUGCAACAGGGUCCAUGCAGCUCUCCCACAAACUGGAGCUCACGCCAAAACACUACCCAGACAUCUACAACAAGACGGGCCCAGUCAAACUCAUCUGCUGGUCACCUGACUACAGUGUAGUCAUGGUUACGUGGGAGUGCGGUGGCCUAUCGCUGUGGAGCGUCUUUGGAGCUCACCUCAUCUGCACUCUGGGAGAGGACUUUGCGUAUCGUUCUGAUGGUACUAAGAAGGACCCCAUUAAAAUCUGCUCUAUGUGCUGGGGAGCAGAGGGCUACCACCUGUGGGUGCUGCCUAUCAAACAAGAGAGGAAACGGCAGGAAGAACCGCAGGAAGAGGUGGAGGUGGAGGUGGAGAUGGAGAUGGUGGAACCUCCUCAGUCCUCCCAGCAGGCCGGCAUACUGCAGUUCCAAUUUAUCAAGAGUGCCCUCACAGUCAACCCCUGCACAAGUAACCAGGAGCAGGUGUUACUCCAUGGUGAAGACCGCCUCUACCUGACCUGCGGUGACCCCUCGCAGGUCCAGGGCACCUCUGACGCGCACACACACGUGCACCCGUGCGAUGGCAGCCCAAUGCACCCCGCCCCCAAACCCGAAUCCUCUCUCUCUCAGGGACUCAGCACUUUACUGGGACACAAGCACUGGCACGUGGUCCAGAUCCACAGCACAUACCUAGAGAGCAACUGGCCGAUAAGGUUUGCAGCCAUAGACACAGCAGGCCAGUGCAUGGCUGUAGCAGGGAGGCGGGGUUUUGCACACUACUCCUUAUUCACAAGGAAAUGGAAGCUGUUUGGAAAUAUCACUCAGGAGCAGAACAUGACGGUGACGGGAGGUCUUGCUUGGUGGAAAGACUUUGUGGUGGUGGCCUGCUACAAUCAUAUAGACCACCAAGAGCAGUUGAGGCUCUACCAACGCUCAUCCAACCUGGACAACGCCUUCGCCUCGGUCACUAAGCUGCACUCAGACACGCUGCUGCUCAACGUCUUCAGAGACAUGGUCAUCUUGUUCCGAGCCGACUGCUCCAUCUGCCUCUAUAGCAUUGAGAGGAGGAAUGACGGUCCAAACCCGUCAGCCAGCGUGGAGCUGCUGCAGGAGGUGUCCAUGUCUCGCUACAUCCCUCACCCGGCCCUCGUAGUCUCCGUCACACUCACAUCCGUGCGUACAGAGACUGGGAUUACAUUGAAAGCCCCGCAGCAGGCCUGCAUGGCAGAAAGCAUCAUGUUGAAUCUGGCUGGCCAGUUGAUCAUGCUACAGAGGGACCGCUCAGGUCCACAGGUACGAGACAAGGAGACCCCUGCUAAUAACAAGAAGCUGCUACCAUUUUGUCCUCCUGUGGUGUUGGCCCAGUGUGUGGAGAACGUGUGGACCACCUGCCGCUCCAACAGGAAGAAGCGCUACCUGCUGGACGCCCUGUGGCUGUCAUGCGGCGAGGCAGGCAUGAAAGUCUGGUUGCCCCUGUUCCCCCGGGACCACCGCAAGCCCCACUCCUUCCUCUCCAGACGCAUCAUGCUGCCAUUCCACAUCAACAUCUAUCCCCUGGCUGUACUGUUUGAGGACGCCCUGGUACUUGGGGCAACCAAUGAGACUGUGCUUUACGAUGGGCUGCAGGGAUCAGCAGAGCCACUGGAGGCGCUCUUUCCCUACUGCACAGUAGAGAGGACCUCCCAGAUCUACCUCCACCACAUCCUCAGGCAGCUGCUGGUUCGAAACCUGGGUGAACACGCUUUGAUGCUGGCUCAGUCAUGUGCCUCCCUCCCCUACUUCCCCCAUGUCAUGGAGCUGAUGGUGCAUGUGGUCCUGGAAGAAGAGGCGACAUCACGGGAGCCCAUCCCAGACCCUCUGCUGCCCACCGUGGCCAAGUUCAUCACAGAGUUCCCGCUCUUCCUUCAGACCAUCGUCCACUGCGCCAGGAAGACGGAGUACGCGUUGUGGAACUACCUGUUUGCCGCUGUGGGAAACCCCAAAGAUCUGUUCGAGGAGUGCCUCAUAGCUCAAGACCUGGACACAGCAGCCUCGUAUCUGAUUAUACUGCAGAACAUGGAGGUUCCAGCAGUGAGCAGGCAGCACGCCACCCUACUCUUCAACACGGCGUUGGAAAAGGGCAAGUGGGACCUGUGUCGGCACAUGAUCCGAUUCCUCAAAGCCAUUGGCUCAGGGGAGAUGGAGACUCCGCCCCCAACACCCACCACUCAGGAACCCAGCUCAACUGAGAUCUUUAGAAAUCGCAGCAUUAGUUUGUCUCAGUCGGCAGACUGCAUCACCCCAGGAAAGUUCAACCUGCAGAAGACCUUCAGUAUGCCCACUGGACCCUCGGUUAAAGGCCGGGAUGUGGAGUGUCCAGAGAACAUGUAUAUUGAUAUGAUGCUGUGGCGCCACGCCCGUCACCUCCUGGAGCAGGUGCGCCUCCGCGACCUGGGGUGCUUCUCGGCACAGCUGGGCUUCGAGCUAAUUGGCUGGCUGUGCCGCGAACGGAACCGCGUGGCUCACGUAGAUGAUUUUGUUUCGGCGUUGAAAAGGCUCCAUAAGGAUUUUCUCUGGCCGUUUCCUGUUAUUCCUGUGGGAAGCCUCAGCUCGCCCCUGAAGAACGGACAGUGUCGCACAGUGCUGAGCACGAGGCUGUUGAAGUCGCAGUCGGCCGACAGCCUGUUGAACAGCGACAUGGACACAGCGCCCCUUCAGGCAGAUCCCACCAACCACACCUGGCUGGACGGGCUCGGGCAGGGGGCCAAAGACAUGGACACGGCCUCGUCGGCUCACUCCAACCAGCACUCACCACAGACACACGACGCCUUCCUGUCACUGCUCACCAACAAAGUGGAGGAGUACAGCAUCGGCUCGGCCACAGACCUCACAGAAACCAGCUCAGUGGUGGACGGUGAUUGGACGAUGGUCGACGAGAACUCGUCCACCCUGAGCCUGAGCCAGGCCGAGCUGGAGCACAUCUCCAUGGAGCUGGCCAACAAGGGCCCGCACAAGUCGCAGGUGCAGCUCAGGUACCUGCUCCAUGUGUUCAUGGAGGCCGGCUGUCUGGAGUGGUGCGUCGUGAUAGGUUUGAUCCUGCGGGACGCAAACGUGAUCAAGCAGGUGAUCAGCUUCCUGGACAGCCCAGAGGUUCCCCAAGAAACUGUGCAGAAUGUCCGGAGCGGCUUAUUGGCUGUGGACACAUGGGUCUCCACUGACUGCCUGGGAUACAAACCAUUUCUCAACCUGAUCCAGCCGCAGCUGCAGCAGUUGAUGGACUCUGUGUCGGAGCAGGUUUUGCCUGAAGCUUUCCAGCCAACCAGCCAGAGCUCCAAACUGGGAGGCUCUGAAGGUCUGGGAGGUGCUGCCGCGCCCCGGCCCGAGGACAGCAGAGGAGCGGCGGCUCCGCUGGGCCUGUCGCUGCCCUCCCUCGAACCUGCGGGAGGUUUUCCUCGCCCCCCCUCAGAGGACUGUCCCCCAGAACAGACAGAGGAGCAGGGGGACGAGGAGGGAGCCUACGACUGCACCCUGUCAUGAAGCCAGGCGCCUCCUCUGGACUCCGUAUGAACUCGAGCCUGGAGGAGGCAGCACCAGCUGCAGUGGCUGACAGGAAAUGGACCUAAUUUGUGUGCGUGUGUGUGAGUGUGUUUGCGAGCGUGCACAGAAAGUACGUCUUGCAGGAUCUUACAGUAUUACCCACUCUUCAGAUUUGCCCUCGGUGUCGACUAGAGUCCCUGUGGAUGCUGAGCAACAGAGACGUCACAGCACAACUGGAUGGGAUUCAUCUGCCGUCCAACAGGCCUAACUUUACCAAAACGCUCUGUCAGAAUAAAGGUCACCUGUGUGAGUGUGUCGUGGUGUUUGGAAGCUGUGGACCAGCGCAGGAAGGCACCAGGUUUUUAUUCCGGAACAAGUUGUUCGGCACUCGGUCCAGUGCAAUUGGAAAAACUUUGAUUUUAUUUUUUUUGGUCAGUGUCUUGUUGUUUCAUUCGGUACAAGAAUCAGCUCGGAGACAAAUAACCGGAGUGUGUUCGAUCGCGGCGUCUUGCUCCAUUGCUACUCAUCAUGUAGAACAAAGCUCUUUGGUGGUGAAACCAUUUUUCAAGAUGCGCUGGAAGUGUGUCUGAGCCUAAAGUGUGCGCACAAGAGGUGUUUCAUACUUUGCAUACCUCAUCUGACUUCAAACUAUUUUUGUGAUACCUUUUUCAAUGACGUGUGUACAGGAGAACAUUAUUUUUCUAUCAAGUACACACCCUGUCCCUCUAUAAAGAGCAAAAGGUUCAUGGUAUGAAUUCUGUGUAAUUCAAGGAAAGUGACGACGUGAAGACCUUUGAAGAUAAUGGUCUCUGGAGAAGAGUCUGUGGUUGCGAGUGCAGAAGUGUUUUUACCACUGAUCAGUACCUCUCUCUGUUCAUGUAUUUUUCAUGCAUCCAUGCCCCCCACCCUCCCCCAUCCCCGACUUUGGUGAAGUGCAGGCGUAAAACAAACGUUUGAAUUGGGAGUUGGAGCCAGAAGCGGCUUUUCUCAGUGUGGUCCAGGUUUUAGACAAAGAGCAAAGUCGUGUUCAGUGUUCCUGAGGUGAGCAGAUUUAAAGGAGACACAUUAUGCUCAGAUUCAUCAUUUUAAUGUGUGUCACUGUUUGAAAAGGUCGACACGCCCUAAUGUCGUCGUCUCGUCUCGUGCAUCAUGCAAAUAUCGGGCAUCUUGACGUCAUGUGACAGAAUCACGUAGAAUCUUCAGCAGGACUGUUGGACACGGUUCUGCAGGAGCGUCUGUGGAGAUGCUCCCUUUGGCCGCAGACUUUUUAACUUUGCAGAACAUUCACACAAAUAAAUGUUUAACAGACUAGAGGAAGGAAAACCUGAAAAGGCAUCGUACGUCUCCUUUAAAGCUGCAGAGUAGUAGAGGUCGUGUGCUGUAAAAACCAAAUCAUGACACUUUAAACACACAUUUGUUUUUCAGUCGGAUCGCGAACAUUGUGUAAUUGAAGCCGUCUUACUCUGCAGGUUUUUUUCCCGACUAUGCUGUCGGAGCACAAUUUGAUUCUCAGUGACGCGUCAGCAUCGUUCUGACAAAGGAUGAAAUUGAAGCCAGUGUGGCCUCGGCCCUGGUUGUUUGAUGGACGAUGCGGAAUCGAACCUUCGCCACGUGAUCAGGACAAACAUUUCAUUCAGUCCAUCGUACAUAUCACCUCCCUGAACCAGUCCCUCCGCCUGCUCCUGUGUGGAUCUAUUCCCAACGCGUGUACCACAUUGUAUUGUUGACGGAUUUUUGACAUGUUUGGUGACCUCCAUCACAUGGGAUUGAUUUUUAAAUAUAUUAGUCAUCAUUAUUAACUAUUAUUUAUUGGCAUUAUAGCUGAAUGAUCUUUGCUGAAUUGAUACCUGGACGUGUGCUUGUAUUUUUUUUUUUUUUUAUGACUGAUGACUUUUCCUCCUUUUAGUCCAUCAGUCACGUAUUGGCUCCAUAAGCACUAAAAGGUUUAUCACAGUUACGUCAGUAUUACGUCGUGCAAUGAAUUGAAAUGUUACUCCGCUUCUUUUGUUUCUGUUCCCUUCUCCCUUUUUCAGCUUUUACUUUUCACGAAUGACCAAAUCAGGCGAAUAGAAACGUGUUUUCUCUCUUGUGCCGUUUGUGCAAGACGAGUUUGAAAGUCAACAUUUUCCUCUUCUGUCUUCUCCUCUUAACAAAAGGGCAAAUUGACUUUCCCACCGAUGUACUGUCGUCCCUCUGCGUAAAGCCCCCCCCCUCGUCCCCGCCCCUGAACCCAGGCUACAGCUCCACCUCGCUGCUCCGCUGUACGCUUCUACUUGACUUGAAGAAACGAAAACAAAAAAACACGGUGACUUGAUGAACCAAAGACUUAACGUCCAGAGGCCUUCUGAUUGGAGCUCGAUCGAGCGCUGGAGUCAUUAUGCAGAGGGAACAAAACCUCACACACACACACACACACACACACACACACACAACCACACACACACACACACAACCACAACCCAUCCUUCUCAUUGGAAACGACCAUCAACGCUCAGAAACAAGUUCCUCUCUGCGAAGAUCAGUAUUUCAGAUCUUGUGGUGGUUUCCUUCUCUGCAGGCGAGGAGCGGGUCAGCCAGGUGCGUCUCGUGGUACUUUCUCGGGGGGGUGACGCGUCCACCCAGACGUGGACAGCUCCCCCUCCCUCCUCCGGUGUACAGUGUAAACGUGUUGUUUCCUCGGCAGGAGCAGCAGAUUAUCCUCAAUGCAGUGUAAAGAAACUCUUGUACAUUUGCCUUUUCUACUCAUGUUUGGUUUUCUACUUUACAGUUUUUUUUUUUUCCCCUUGUACAUAAAGAUCAAUAAAUUAUUUUUAAAAAUG